AUUCUUUGACUGUUCUAGCGCGAUCCCUGGAGCGAAUUGAUCCGGGAAGCCCCUAAACAUCGCAACCUUUUUACCUGGCCCCAAGAUUCCCCUCCCUUUCCGCGUCUUUCCCACGCCACGCCCGCUGAAUCCCUCUGAUAUCCGUCGCCAUCCAGUUUCAUUCCUUUGCGAAUUGGGAGGCGUGAUUCUCUGCCAGCUUCUUUGGUUCCUGUAGGAGGGCCGAUCCCUGCCGAGCGCAUCACUGUAAUACGAGAGGACGAGCCGAGGCGAUGAGCAAGAAGAGCGGCGGCGUGCGGUUACAAUGCGCGGAUGCGACGGCGGCGGAUUGGACCUGCUGCUUCCUGUCGCUGCCGCCCCCUGCAUCGCCUGGUGACGUCGACAGCAAUGGUGGAUUCAACCUGGCAUGGACCCUCCACCAGUCCUUCCACCCACCUGCCGGUCUCUUCGCCAGCGUCGGCUUCCCGGCCUCCUCCUCUACCGCCACAUCGCCGGGGAAUCCUCAAGACCCGUACAUGAAGUACGUCUCCUCGGAGCUUGGACACCAAGCCGUCGAGACACCUCUGCUGGGCGAAGGAGUGGGGUUGAGGGAGAAGGGAAAGAAGCAAGCGGUGAGGAUCAAGAUCAAGGUUGGGAAUUCCCACCUCAAGAGGCUGAUCAGUGGGGGAAUUGCGGGAGCGGUGUCGAGGACAGUCGUUGCCCCUUUGGAGACGAUUAGGACGCAUUUGAUGGUGGGGAGUAAUGGGAAUUCGUCUGCAGAGGUGUUUGAGUCUAUCAUGAAGCAUGAAGGAUGGACCGGGUUGUUCCGCGGUAACAUUGUUAAUGUCAUUCGAGUAGCCCCGAGCAAAGCAAUUGAGCUUUUUGCCUUUGAUACAGCUAACAAGUUCUUAACCCCAAAAUCUGGGGAAAAGCAGAAGAUCCCGGUCCCUCCAUCACUAGUGGCAGGGGCAUUUGCUGGUUUCAGCUCAACCCUGUGUACAUACCCUCUGGAACUAAUUAAGACUCGAUUAACUAUACAGAGAGGUGUGUAUGAUAACUUCCUCCAUGCCUUUGUCAAAAUCAUCCGUGAAGAAGGCCCCACUGAGCUUUACAGAGGCUUAACCCCAAGUCUAAUUGGAGUGGUGCCGUAUGCCGCAACCAACUACUUCGCUUAUGAUACCCUCAAGAAGGCGUACAAGAAGAUCUUCAAGACUAAUGAGAUCGGAAAUGUUCCUACCCUGCUUAUUGGGUCUGCUGCAGGAGCUAUCUCAAGCACCGCCACGUUCCCUCUCGAGGUUGCCCGCAAGCAAAUGCAAGUCGGAGCAGUUGGCGGCAGGAAGGUUUACAAGAGCAUGCUUCAUGCUCUCCUGACAAUUCUUGAGGAUGAAGGUGCUGGGGGCCUCUACAGAGGACUGGGACCGAGUUGCAUGAAGCUAGUUCCUGCUGCUGGGAUUUCGUUUAUGUGCUAUGAAGCUUGCAAGAAGAUACUGAUUGAGGAAGCCGAUGAGUGAAGCCCAUAGUUUACUGCAGUGCCAAAAAUGUGGUACUCAUCAUAUGUUGGACCGGAGCCAUGGUAUGCCUGCCCCUGCUUAUCCUCACCAGAACUCGGUUUCACAACUCUGGCAGCGGGGCUUCUUUUGGUCAUCGAAUCAAGACAUGACCAAGCUUAAUAACUGUCGCUACAGGAUUUCAGACCUUUUCUGUACUGUACGCUUGAUCUGAAGAAAAGUUACCAAUCUUACCAGUUUUGCUUUUCAAUAUUACAUGUGUUGAGAUGUCUUUUCAGAAACUGAUUGUGAGGUAUGAAAUCAUAGAAAAAUACCCAUGAGCAAUCAUAAUUCACAAGGAGUGAAGUUCUUUGUAGCAAGCAUGUGUCUUGCAGAUUUAUCUGAUUCA